AUGCUGGGCUUCCUGAACGAGGACGACCGGCUGUUCCGCCACUCGACGGCCGUCUUCCAGAGCUGCAUGAACCAAACGGCCAGGCCAGAGUACUACCGCGCGCUGGGGCUGCCGCGCUCCUUCCGCGCGCAGCAGGCGCUGCUCAUGGCGCACGUGUGGAUUGUGCACCGCCGCUUGGCGCUUGAAGGCGACCAGGGCAAGAUCAUGCAGGAGCUCAUGUUCGACCGACUGUGGGAGGAAACCGUCGUGCGCAUCCGCUACCAGGACAUCUCGGAGCUCACGGUCAACAAGCACUUAGCGCAGGUGCAGCAGGUGUGCUUCAACGCCUGCAUCGCCUACGACCAGGGCCUCAAGAACGGCCCCAACUUCCUCCAGACGGCGGUGGCCCAGCACCUGCUCGAGAACGAGACGCCCGAGGGCCUGCGCAUCGCCAGCAUCGUGGCCGACUACAUGAAGCGCGAGCUCAAGAACCUCGAGAAGGUCGACGCCAAGUACAUUAUGGAGGGAACCAUUCCGUGGAGCCCGCUGCCGGAGACACACGUCAAGGUGACCGACAUCCCGGGGGACGACGACGACGUGGUGCUCAUCGGACAGCGCUUCGGCAACUGGCGCUCGGCGCUGGACAACCGCGGCAAGCUCUACUACUGGAACAUGACGACGCGAUACUCGGUCUGGGACCGCCCCACGGGCGACGAGCUUCACGAGGGCGAGGAGCAGAAGUAA